AGUAUUUACAUUACAUCGCGAUUUGUAUUUGCUAAUAGGCUAUGAAUCCACUCCACCCUCCCCCCAGUCUUUUGUCAGCAAUAAAUAGAGCGUGCAGAGACACAACAUCUCAUAGCUUGGUUACGCAUCGGUCCAGUCGCAAGCAUCACAGUGCGUGUGCUGGUGGCUAUCACAAUCUGCCUGCAACCUCUCGUCCAGGGACCGCAGAGAACAAGAAUUGGAAUAGGUGACAAAGACGUUGCCGCUGCUGCACCAAAGUUUUGGAGCAACCUUCUUUACUCCCUGAACAUCCAGGUGGAGGUGCGCGACCAGCGCUAUGGGUACGAAGGAGUGCACGAUUCUGCUGUUGGCCACGGCUAUGGGGAGUGGCAUCUUGUUGCCCUUUCUCUUCCUGGACGUCCACCCACUCCAAGUUGGUAUGAGAGCUCUUGCGAGCCACGGGCUAACACUGAAGGCGACGGACUUGCAAGAAUCCCAGCAGCAGAGGCUCGCGACUCUAAACAAAGUGUGCAGACAACACGAGGCGAGCCACAGGACGAGGUUGCCACCAUUGUACACAGACCUGCACAAAAACACGUUGUACCGCAUCUACGUGGAUGACCGCUACUCGCUGCUCUAUUGCGAAGUGCCCAAGGUCGGCUGCACCAAUUGGAAAAGGAUUAUCCUGGCGCUGUCGCGAGGGGACAACCACUCAAUGACGAUACCGGGGAGUCAGGUGCACGAGGAGACCCAGAACUACACGAGGCUGCAACAGUUCGACGCCGCCGGUCGGCGCUCGCGGCUGAAUGGCUACACAGCGGCGCUGUUUGUGAGGGAGCCCAUGGAGCGACUCGUGUCUGCCUACCGGGACAAGUUUCUGAUGAAAAACGACUACUACCAGAGAGUUUACGGACGGUACAUCAUUACCUGCUACCGGAAAAACCCGAGCAGAGAGUCUCUGCUUCAGGGCCACGACGUCACCUUUUCCGAGUUUGUGAGCUUCAUUCUGGACCCUCGUUGGGCCCUCUACCAGGACGUGCACUGGCUGCCCGUCCACAAGCUGUGCCAGCCCUGCCUGCUGCACUUCAACUUCAUCGGCAAGCUGGAGACCAUGCAGCGCGACUCGGCCGCCUUGCUGGCGAAGAUCGGGGCGCCCAGCUGGAUAUCUUACUCCCACCAAAAGAACAUGCGCUCUUCGGCCAACGUGACUCACAGCUACCUGGCACAGCUCAGCACUGAAGCGAGGUGGAAGCUGUACCGGUUUUAUUACGAAGACUACAAGCUCUUCAACUAUUCUCCGCCCCAUGGCAUCAACAUCAAGCAACGUGCAUAGUCAUAUUUGUUUUCCAGCUAAGCUAUCAGCGUGCGCAUCAGUUGGAUGUCACUCUCCGUCGCUCCAGCCAGCCAGUCAAACGUUGUUCUAAUAUAUUGUAGUAUGAUACACAGAUAUGCUUUCAGAUAUACUGUAUAUGGAUAUCCAGAAUUACGCAUGAAAAAAGAGACAAACACCCCCUCCCCUAUUUAGAAUUCAAUCAUUUAUGUUGGGUUACUUCGUGAGAUGACCACAGUGAGCAGACCAAUACUUUCAGUAGAAGCCCUUUGUACCAUCCGACACAGCGAAAUAAGUUGUCACGUGGUGUACACAAAUAUAACACACCAAUUAUUAUUGAUUCAGCUCACUCACCAAUAAGUUGAAGAAUAAUUCUCACAGCUUAAUUUACUCAAUAGAUUCCACGUUUCCCUUGAGACUACGUCAAGCACCUUCAGGACAAGAUCGAGAAGGUCAAAGCAAUGAUCCAGAAUGUUUGAGCCACUCAAUGGAUGUCAUUAUCUCACGUAAACAACCAAUCAGAUUUUACUCGAUGAUUACCGUUACAAAUGUAUAAUUUCAAAUGUUGUUAUAAUUUAGCACGGUUGACUACAUACAGUGCGAAAUAAGUUCAACAUACAAAGUGUAAAUAGUAUUCAUUUAUAACUCUUCGCGAAUCGACUCGCUCAUUGCAGGAUAGCAUUAUGUUGGCUGAAGCUUAACCCAGUACAGAAAUGGUAUAAUGUUUGAUUGUUGAAUAUAACACCCACGUUCUACAAAUAUCUCCAAGUCUCAAUGAAUGUGCGGCUAUCAGCCUGUCGCGACAGCUCGCCCCUAGUGUGGCUCAGGAGGCGCUUAACAAUCUGCAGCAUGUUCAGAAUGCGGCUGCUCGUAUCACAACAAGAACACCUCCUUCAGAUCGCCUUACGCCCGUGUUGGUUUCUCUGCACUGGCUUGCAGUGUCGUAGAGGAUUCAGUUUAACAUCCUAUUACUUACUAAGCUCUGAACCACCUUGCCCAGCUUGCGUCAGAGACACAAUGCGCCCAUACGCCCCCGGAAGGCUUUUUAACUUUCUACUUGUGCAUCAGGUAUCUGCAUCUACUGCCAUGCUUUGUGUGCAGUGUAUGCGGUUUAGGGUGGAGAAUGAGCUUCGUGGAAGAUCAAACCCCCGGGAUCUUCGACUCCAAGACAACACUCACAACAACAAACGCACGAGCCCACAACGGCCACUAGGGGGCAGCAGAACAUAACAAAUGUAGAUUGUCGCGACAGGACAGAGAUGAACACCGCCAAACAGAACGACAACACGGCUCAGGGCAAACCUGACUCAAACAUGACACUCAUCCGACCCAAGGAGCGGGGGAACGUCACAACUGCAUAGAUCCUGCAGGCUUCGGGCCUAGCAGUCUACAUGAACUUUUGAUUUAAUCGUCCUUCUUCUUCUUCUUUAGUGCUGCCUAACGGCGUGUGCGACUUCACGAUGAUAUUGGUCCCGGUCUAGCACGGCGUGUAGAGUUUGUGCUGUUGUUAAUUGUAGCCAUGUUUUGAUGUUACUGAGCCAUGUCGUUUUUGGCCGUCCUGGUCGUUUUUUCCCUUCGAUUUUUCCUUCCAGGAUUUGCUUUAAUAGCUGGUAUUUGUGGUCGUUUCGGGCAAUGUGGCCUAGGUAGUAACACUUCCUGCUAAUGAUGGUCUUCAGCAGUUGCCUGUCAGUGGCCAUAUCUUGCAUAACUUGUGUAUUGGUGGUUUUGGCUGUCCAUGGGAUUUUCAGCAUUCUUCGGUACAGCCACAUUUCGAAAGCUUCGAGCCUUUUUGUUGCUGUUGUUGUCAGUGUCCACGUCUCUACUCCGUACAGCAAAAUUGACCAGAUGUAGCAUUUCAGUGUGCGCAGUUUCAGUGAUAUACUCAAGUUGCGGUCUGCAAGGAGUGUUUUCCAUUUAAUAAAUGCUUGCCUUGCUUGUUCAAUUCUGCUCUUGAUUUCGACUUCAUGGUUCAACUGAUCGUCAAUGAUUACACCAAGGUAUUUAAAUCGGUGUACUUGUUCCAAUUUUUCGCUGCCCAGCUUGAUUGUUAUUUCGCUUGUAGUUCGUCCUUAACGUGAAUAAAAACAACAAUAAUUGUCCAAACAGUUAGCACGGUUGGCUACGUACGGUGCGAAAGAAGUUAUACAUAUAUACAAACAAGUAAAGUCUGUUAACAAACUAUAAAUCUCCUGAUCAAUGUCAUCCUUAUGGAAGAACGCCACAUGUUAAAACAAGAUAUUGGAAUUAAACAUUUGGCCUAAAUAGUGAAAUUAUCCCUAAAAGUAAAGUAGAUUUGUGAAUAUUUAAAUACAGAAAACCCUUUCCUUCUCGCAGGUUUAGCGAUCGCGGUUUUGCGGUUUCACGCCAAAUUCAGAGGCCCAGUUCGCUGAUCGCGCCUCUGUGUGAGGCACUGGUUGACCGCGAGAUUGCUAGACGCAUCGUAACUGCGCUGCUCGCGAUGCUGCGGCUGCUGCUGCUGCCGUGGAAGACCGCACGGGGCACGCGCUCGGCUCCAUCUCGCCUCCCAAACGGCCCAUCGCGGGUCCCAGGUCACACGGUGCUCCCAGCCUCCGGCGAGGAGGCAGUGUGAGGUUCAGCCACACACGUUAUCUCCCAUUAUCACGUGUUUCGUUCUAAACAUUCACCGGACAAGUUUUAUUUAACACUAGAAAAUAUUAAUCAAAUGUUACAUUCAAAAUACUUCCAGCUAAAUUAUUGGGUUGAUGUAGGGUAACAUGAAGCAAAAGGAGGGUUGGCUGUUAUAUUGCAAACUGUGAAUCAAACUCGAGUUUUCCCAUUUGCUUUUGAGUUUGCGGAUCGUGGAUUUGCCGAUUGCGGAUAUUUAUAUUUUCUAGAACGUGACCCCCACGAUGUGCAAGGGUUUGCUCAGGGCCACAGCGACCUGCUUCAGCAGGGCGGGGGGGAGAUGGGGGGGGGGCUAUGCAAGAUCGGACUGUGGGCCCCCCUCCUUUCUCCCGACACACUUGUACUGAAACAGCUCCAGAUGUUUUACCCGUAUACAGUAAUAUCUUAGACUAUAACUAUAUGUACAUUAUUGUAGUUGCACCAUGUAUUUGGUGACAGUAGUAAUACAAAGAUUUGAAGGUACAAUACAUACAUUUAAGUUAUCGUGCGUCUGCUUUCAUGCGAAUGUCAGCAAAAAAUCCUGGUGUUCAGUAAUUGUUGGAAUCGUUUUUCGAAUAAAUUUUCUUAACAUUGUUGCUACUUGUUCAUCCGUUAAUUCGGGGCUCCCCAUGUGGCCGACUCGGCCCCGAUGCGUCGCACACCCCUGCCACGUCA